AUGCUCGUCAUCGUCACUGCGAUAGCGAUAGAAGAAAAGCUUGCGCUCUUUCUGUGUGGUUUAUCGUUGGAAAAGAGAAGAAGAGAAGGAAGAAAAAUGCCGGGACCAAUUGUGGAGGAAGAUAAAUCGCAGGAAAAUCUGAUUGAUUCCAUCAAAGAGCAACUGAAACUCGAGAAGGAAGAUGAUGUUGUUGUAGAGGACUUGAAAGACGGUGAGGAAGACGACGACGACGAGGAUGAUGACGCCGAAGGUGAAGUAGAUGGUGGAAAUGAGAAUUCCAAGCAAAGUAGAAGCGAGAAGAAAAGCCGCAAAGCAGUUCUAAAGCUUGGCAUGAAACCUAUCUCAGAUGUCAGCAGAGUGACAAUCAAAAGAUCCAAGAAUGUGUUAUUUGUGAUCUCGAAGCCAGAUGUGUACAAGAGUCCCAAUUCCGAGACUUAUGUCGUAUUCGGAGAGGCCAAGAUCGAUGACCUGAGCACUCAGCUACAAACACAAGCUGCUCACAGGUUCAAGAUACCUGACAUGACAUCCAUCCUCCCUAACAAUGCUUCUGAAGCUGCCAUGGCUCCACAAGCAGAGGAAGAAGAUGAAGACGACGUUGAUGUCACAGGAGUUGAAGCAAGAGACAUUGAUCUUGUGAUGACUCAAGCAGGUGUCUCCAAGGCCAAAGCUGUGAAGUCAUUAAAGGCCAAUGAUGGAGAUAUUGUUUCCGCCAUUAUGGAACUCACGACAUAG